AUGGCGCUUCGCUUUGCCUCGAUCAUACUCAUCUUGGGCCUGUUUGCGCCCUUUAUUGCCGGCCAGACAGCGACUGCUGGAAACACCGCUUCGAUUACCAGUCCCUCUGCCCCUGACCGCAGCGCCGAAGGAGUUCAAGUCUGUUUUGGCCGAGGCGGCAUUUGUGAUACCAAACUCGGCCUCAUUGAUCAAUGCCAAAACGAGCAGGAAGCGCAUGGGCUUAACGGAUACUGGGAAUGCGUUUGCACGUCGGGCUAUGCUGCCGUCCAGGAGGCGUGCGAUGACUGCCAGAUGUUCUACGGCGUCAUCACGACCAGAUUCACCAACUACACGGUGACGUGCUCAAGUAAGAGCUAUACCCUCGCGCCCAUCCCCAGCAGCGUGCUUGCCCAACAGUCGUCCCACAAUGCCACGCGCGGGACUGGAGCACCGACGAGCCAGCAGCCAACCGAUUUCCACCACAACCACCACAAUCGCCAGAACAGCCAAGACAGCCGUGUCGCACCAGAACAAGCGAUCAAGUCGGAUCAAUUGAGUCACCGCGCGCCCCUGCGCGCCGCCGCCCCCCUGCGAACGGACCCCGAGGAUUCCGCCGAUGACACCCUCGGCAUGGACCCCAUCCCCGAGGCCAGAUAUCUCCGCUUUGGUCCGACAGAUACCAUCCAAGAGCUAAAGACCGAAUUCAACGAGUGGGCCAGAACACACGGGUUCGCUGUGAUCCGCGCCAACGGCCGCAACAAGCAGGAUGGUGUAUAUACUCGCUACGACCUGCGGUGCGAUCGCUACGGCUUGCCGCGACCGUCAAGAUCAACCGGCCUCCGCCAGACAGCGACCCGCAAGUGUGGCUGUCAGUUCAGGGCCACAGCUGCCAAUUCGGAAGAGGGUUGGAUCCUCCAUCGCCAUUCAGACGAAGCCUCACGGGGUCACAACCACGGCCAAUCCAUCCACGCCUCUGCUCACCCCCAGCACCGCAGAGUAUCCGACGAGGUCCGCAAGACUAUCACCGACCUGUCCAAGCACAACGCAAUUCGGCCGAGGGAGAUACGAGCUGUCGUCAACGACCAAAACCCUACGUCUCUUUUGACCAGGAGAGACGUCUACAACGUGAGGGCUUACGGCCGAAGAGAGGAGCUUGACGGCUAUUCCCCAGCUGGGGCUCUCAUUGCCACCUUUGAUGCCAUGAAAAGCCAGUACGAUCUCGACUAUCGCGUCAAAUGGGAGGAUGAUGAGCAGACACGCUUCCUUGGUCUGGUGUUUGGCUUUGCCGGCAGUAUCAAGAUGCAAGACUAUUUUCCAGACCUGGGGUUUAUCGACAUGACGUACAACACCAACGUUCAAGGGCUUCCACUCUACCACUUUGCCUGUAUUACAGCAACUGGCCAAGCAGUCAACACCAUCUUUGGCGUAAUUGACAACGAGAAGAAGGACUCCUUUGUCUUCCUUCUCCAGGCAACGAAGGAGCUCCUCGCAGCAGCAGACCCCCCCAUCCGCCAACCACUGGUUAUUCUAACCGACCACUGCAAGGAGAUGAAAGCGGCACUCGACGAAGUCUUCCCCGACGUCCAACAGCAGAUCUGCGUGUUCCACAUCCUCAAGAACGUACGCCUCAACGCCGCCAAGAAGUUCAAGAGGCCCAACGACUCCGACGACUCCGACGACGAGGAGUACGACAACGAGGUCCUCACCGUUGCAGAGAGAGCCGCCCUCGCAAGCCGCCUCGAGCAAGACAGUACUGGUAUAUCCGCUCCGCCGCCCAAGAAGAUAUCCCACGAUGCCCAGGGGGUCCACGAUAUGUUCCAGUUAAUGUGGUUUCCGCUCCGUGAGCAGUGGGCCCACUGUUACACCAAGAAGUAUCGCAACUUUGGCUACAAAGCUACAUCGCCAGUCGAGUCCACGAAUCUCACGACCAAAAGCUAUCUCCUCAACAGCCGGUCAGACCUCUUCCGGCUCGUCAAGACUCUCCACGAGAUGCACAUGAACCAGCGAAAAGAGUUCUUCGAAGUCACCAGUUAUCAGAACACCAAGACGAAGCUCCAGUAUCUCAGCCGGACUUGGCUCGGCCCCCUGACAACUGCAAUCUCAUACAAAGGCUUAGACCUUAUCAACAGCGAAUACAAGCACGCGUUGGCGGCGUUGCCGGCAGAAGAUGGCCAUCGCUCGACGAAGGAGAUUACGGCCCUACCCCCCUGCGACGACGACUUUUGCACGGUUGGCUUGCAGUUUGGUAUCCCCUGCCGUCACAAGAUCUACCAAUUGUUGGUACGAAACAGGACAAGAGAAGAGGGGCGGAAAGAGACCCUUCACGUUCGUGACGUCCAUCCUCACUGGCAUCUUACGCUUCCUCUCCACGUUGGAGAUGCCUACCUUCGAAUCAAGGACCCCAAGAUGGCCAUCCCCAAGGGCAGGCCAAAGAACCAUCCAGCACCGCCGCUAACAAGAGGUCUUGCUAUUCCACCUGCGGCAGAGACCCCACGGCGCCGUUCAACGCCGAAGACCCCCUCGCAGCCGCCCCGGCAAAGGCGAACAAAGCCAGGGCCACCCCAAGGUUCGGCGCCGAGAAUGAGCGAUGGUAUCCGCCGGCGCCUCUCGCAGUGGGAGCUGGAAGGUGAUGAGGCAGAUGAGGCUCCACGAGAGAGGACUCGACUGGUGAUAGCUUCACGGCCAAGAGCGGGUCGACUACUCAGCUCCAACGGCCUUCGGUGGUCUCAAGAGCUACUGGGUCGCUCGCCAGCCGCCGCCGCCCCCCCCGAGCCACGAGAUGAUACCCCACGAGAGGAGGCCGCCCCGCGAGAUGAUGCCCCACGAGAGGAGGCCGCCGUCGAAGCGCCUGCGCCGGCUCCGAAGAGACGAGGCAGACCCCCAAAGAUCAAGGAGACCGCUGCCGUCGAGGCGCCGGCGCAGCCGAGGAAGCGGGGCCGACCCCCGAAGAACAAGGAGACUGCCGCGCCGGAGCCGAAGCGCCAGCGCGCAACACCAAGCAGGGGCCCUCCUGCCGGCACUAUUGGAGUAGGAAUAGCCUCACAGGGAGGAGUUAGAACACAGGUGGUAGUUGGCGCAACUGGCAAGACAACGAGGUCUGGCAGGCAGGUCCAGUUGACCAAGAAGGCGGCUGAGGCGGGGAGCGCGUGA